CCAUCCAGUGUUAGUUCAGACAUAUCAAGUAGUGGGCCGGUGAUCCAAGAGGUGACAGAUUCGUUACCAUUUGGUAGGGAGGAUAUAACACUUGAAGCACAUAACUACAGCAAACAGGCGCAGAAACCAUCACGAUCGAAGACCGCUUUGUCAGCCAAUGCCAACUCUGGAAGCUUACCUCAAAGUCACAGUCAUACCGUGACCUCACAGACAAAUAGUGCCGCACAAAAUAUGGCACUGGAUAAAAAAUCACCAUCAAAAGACAUGCUGAGUGUCAGCCUUGAUAGCACAGAUCUGAACAACCUUUUACAAGUAGUAGACCCUUCCAAUUUUCAUUCUAUGGGAGAUUCCACUUCAAAUUCACAAAUUCUGGACAAAUACAUGAGAGAACAUCCUAUAGCAGAUAGAUCAAAUGUUUUCACAUCUUCACCAAAUGAAAUAUCUGGACAGUUAGAAACACUGCAGGAGGACAUUGAUGGUUUGAAGGAUAUGCUGAGUGGUAGUCAGUAUAAUUUUGAUCCAAGCACUCUGUUCUCACUGUUUAAUUCAGAUAUGAAUUUACCAGUAAACGUAGAGAAUCUACUGGACGAUUUGGAGAAAGAUGGUGGACAGAACAACAAUGCUCUUUCUUUG